AUGUUACACUCUUGUAGAUGGCCAUAUCUUGUCCAAUUGAAGAAUGCAAGCUCUUUGAAUUCCCCGAAUACAUAUACCAGAUUAAUUGAUUACCUUUUUCUUAUUCUUUUUCAAAAUUUUGUGGGGAAAGAGGGGAGGCAUCUGUACUUGGGAAUGAAUGCCCUCAAGAUGUAUAGAGCUGAUACUGUAUGUGGUUCAUUUGUCACGGAUCUGCUAACUUCAACUGCCCAGAUUGGUGCCAUUGCUGUUUGGAGGGAAGAGAGGAUUGGUCUCUUGGAGAUCAAAGCUUGGAUCGAACCAAAUGCAUUUUACUUGACAGACUGGGUAGACGAUAAAGAGGAUGAUGAUGAUUGUUGCAAGUGGGAUAGAGUUCAGUGCGACAACAACACAAGGCGAGUGUUCGAACUUUACCUUCGGAAUGCAAGGGAAUAUAAUCAAGGUUCUGAAGUCCUCUCUUCAAGGUUGAGGAAAUUGGAGGAACUUGACCUAAGAGAUAAUAAAUUUAAUGACAGUAUCUUAUCAUCUCUAAGUGGGCUUCAAUCUCUCAUGUCUCUAGAUCUAUCAUCGAAUAUAUACUUGACUGGAUCAACUGGUAUCAAUGGUAAAGCUGUAGAUGCACUAUAA